AUGUCAAUUGCUUAUGUUGAUAUUGGCAACCACACAACAAAGAUAUAUUGCGAUCAGAAAGAAAUCUCUGAAAGAACCAUUGUUUGCAUUCAUAGUGACGUAAUUGAAUGUGGAAAUAUGGCCGUUAGAGUUACCUCUCCUUACGAAGAUACCACAUUUAGAGAUAUCAUAUCGCACUUAGCAACUCUCGAAAAAUACAAAGUCUCGCAAAAUAACGAAUAUGAUCCAAGAUUAAUAUUUGCUCAUUUCUUAAAGUUUAUUAUGACAUCAACCAAGGCAACAGAACUUGUUCUUAUCAAACAUAAUUGGUGGACAAAUGAUUUUGAAAACACCGUCAAACAAAGUGCAGAAUUUGCUGAAAUCAAAAGCCUCAAAUUUGUAGAAGCAUACCAAGCAUUAUCCGGGUAUGCACAUGCAUACUUACCUAAUGAUAAACACGAAAAAUAUGUUAUUUUUGAUUUCGGAGCAAGUGUCACAGAAGGAUACGUUUUUGAAAAGAAAGACAAUCAGAUUUCUCUUGCUAAGUAUGGAUCAUGCAAUAUUGGUGGAGAUAAGCUCACAACCACACUUGCGAACUAUGCAUUAAGUAAGAUCUUCGAAAAAGAUGAUGAAAAAGUUAAAGAAUACAAAGGAAAGAUUCCUGACGAUAAAAGAUUGCAGUCAAUUAUUUACGAAGCUGCAGAUAAAUGCAAACAAAGCAUAAUUCCAAAUUUGCAAGUCAAAUUUGAGGCUAUCGCUAUAACAGAUGCUCCAUUCGACUGCAUCCUUGAAUCCAAUGACUUCAUUAAUAAAUGCCAAAAGUAUGUCGAUCAGCUCAGCACAUUUAUUAAAGAUUUUGUUAAAGAAUACAUUGAAGAUCUUAACAAUUAUGACAAAGACAAAAUUGAAUUAGAAUGGAUUGGUAGCAACUCGUUCUCUCAAAUUGCCAAAAACAUAUUUACACCACAGUAUGAACUAUUCAAGCCAAACUUUUCAUACUCAAUUGGCGCUCAAACAUUUUUAACAGAAAAAAUUGAUUUAGCAAUACCAGAAAAUAUCAAUCCAACUAAGCAAAGCUUCCCAGAAGAUGAUGAUGCCAAUAAUGUCAUCAAACAGAAAAAAGUCUCACUCAAAAUCAUAUCAAACGAAGAAAAUCUUGACCAAAUCCGCGAUAAAUAUAAAGAGCUUGAACAUAAAUACCAAGAGCAGCUCAUUGAAGACAAUUCUCUAAAUGACCUUGCUAUGGUUGAGGAUUACAUAAAUAAUGAUUUCAAAGAACUUGAGGACAAAUAUAAUGAAAUUCAAAACGACGGUUAUUUAGAAAAAUUAGAUAAAAUGUUACCAUUAAUUCGCAAUUAUAUUCUCAAAUCUAAUGGCAUCGAUUAUGAAGAAAAUAUCUCUAAUAAAAGAAAUUAUCUGCAUGAAGAAGAAACUAUUAAAAAAUAUCAAGACCUUCUUAAAAAAAUUACUGAUUUUAUGGAAUCAAGUGAAUAUAGAUCAAUUAAAAGGAAAACUUCAUUUUUAAAUGAAGAUCAUUUCACUGGAAGUAUUAAAAACAUCCUUGACCAGUAUAGACUCAAAAAGAUCGAAAGUUAUCUUCAUAAUUCUAAAUAUGACGACGCUAAACAAUUAGCAGAAAAAAUUUAUUCCAGGGAUUAUUAUCAGAAAUAUAUACUUCCUAAGAUAGAAAAAAUGGAGAAUGAAAAGAGUACAAAAACUGGUGAAGAUGCUGAAAAUCAACAAGGAGAGAAUGCAAAAACUGGUGAAAAUGCUGAAAAUCAACAAGAAGAGAAUGCAAAAAGUGAUGAAAAAGUAGAGGAAUCAGCAGCUACUCCUGCUCUUGCAAAUUAA